AUGUCAGAACUCCGCAUGUUUACCGUUCGGCCGCUCUCAAAGCAGCCAAGAUCUGACAUGAAAGAUGCAUUUCGUAUCUUCCUCUCGUCUUCUUCGCUGGCUGCCCUCAAACUUCGGGCAGGAGAUGCUUGUACUCUGCAACCGGUCAAUGGGCCUUCAAGGACCGCAAUUGCUUGGACCGCCACUGAAAAUAUCCAGAAUACAGUUGUACAGACUUCAAGGACCCUCCAAGACUGUUACGCGAUUAAGCUCGGAGAGAAAAUAUCUAUCAGUAAAGUUGUGGAUGGCUCUCUGGAAGAUAUCGAGUCAAUUUAUUUAGUGGAAUGCACUGAUCCGGAGAGACUCGAGAAGUAUGGCGACUUAUACCAUAUGGAUAGAGCCCAUUGGGAAUGGUCAUUAGAACACCCCUUAUCCAAAUGUGAAGUUCUUGCUGUUGGUCUGGUAUUCGAGAUGGAGCUUAAAGGCCAGCGUAGGAGCUUUAGAGUGAGAAACAUUCAAAGUGGAAAUCGAAGCUCUUCCCGCACCUUGUUUCGAUACACUGAAAGUUCCAAGGUCAUCGUUGGCGAUGGACCUGAAGAUCUCAAGGGAAAGGAAGACUUUCACAUCCAAGUGCAAACCACCGGUCUUGGUGGGAUGUCAUCCCAGGUUGGAAAAAUCAACGAAACUCUUGCAGACUUCAAUCCGACUUCGCAUAAACUGGCAAUGCCUUCUUUCUACGAGCACACAAGAGGGAUCCUUAUAUACGGACCCAAAGGAACCGGUAAAACUACGCUAUUACAGCAAAUUGAAGCAGCAGGUUGGAACAAGACAUUCAGUGUUGGGACAUCCACUGUCGGAAGGAACAUAGGUGAAGGGGAAACUAAGUUGCGCAACAUCUUUCGGGAGGCAAUGCAUUAUCAGCCCAGUGUCAUAAUAAUUGACCAACUGGAAUUCAUUGCGCCAAAGAAAACGACGCCUGAUUCCUUAUCCCUGGCAUCGGUAUUGUGUGAAGGUAUAGACUCUAUGAAGAAAGGCUCAGUUCUUGUGGUGGCUGGAACUCGUCAUCCUAACGAUGUAGAUGACGCUUUGAGAACCCCACAUCGACUUGCCAUUGAAAUUGAGCUACAAGUCCCUACAGCUCAAGAUCGUGCAGAAAUUGUACGAGCCAUCUGCAGAGCCUCUCCUGAUCAACUCAGCAACGCACUUAUAGAUAUGAUCGCAGAGAAGACACACGGCUAUGUGGGAGCCGACUUAUUUGCGCUACUACAAAUGGUCUGUCGUAAGGCUCGGAAACGGCAAACAUCGGAAUGUCGGUCGAUGGAUAUGUUGGGAACUGUUCGUCCAGUAGUGCCUGCGCCUGCCAGCAAUAACUCCGUUAUGGAUGCAUCUGUGCCGUUAGAUAUCAGAGAGAUCGACAUUCUUUCAGCCCUGCAAGAAAUCAGACCUACUGCCAUGCGGGAGGUCUUCUUGGAAACACCGAAGGUGAGAUGGACCGACAUUGGCGGGCAGCAUGAUAUCAAGAAGCGACUCCAGAAAGCCGUCGAACGGCCACUCAAGUUUCCGGAACGGAUGAGACGACUUAAUGUACAUAGCAAGAAAGGGAUCCUUUUGUAUGGGCCUCCCGGUUGCUCUAAGACGCUCACUGUUAAAGCACUGGCCACGGAAGCAGGGCUAAACUUCCUGGCGGUUAAGGGCGCGGAAAUCCUAAGCAUGUAUGUUGGGGAAUCCGAAAAAGCUUUAAGAGAGGUUUUUAGGAAAGCCCGGUCUGCUAGGCCUAGUAUUAUUUUCUUCGAUGAAAUUGAUGCAAUCGCUGCCAAACGCAGCAACACGUCUCAAGGUGGCGUCAAUGUACUCACGACACUACUAAAUGAGAUGGAUGGUAUUGAGGAACUGAAGAACGUUCUGGUCAUCGCUGCGACAAAUAAGCCCGAUGUUAUUGACCCGGCCCUGAUGCGCCCGGGACGUCUGGACAACAUCCUUUAUAUAGGACCCCCGGAUCUGGAGGCAAGAAAAGAGAUUUUAAGUCUUUGGUUCCGCAAGUCCGUGGUUCACCCGGAGGUAGUGCUUGAGCAGCUGGCGUUAAGGACCGAAGGUUACUCUGGAGCCGAAUUGGUGAAUAUUUGCGAGACGGCUGGAGAUGUAGCGUUGGAUGAAGAAGAAGAGACGGGUGAGGAGCAGAGUGUCAGGUGGAAACACUUCGAAUAUGCGCUUGGACAGGUGAAGCGGCAAAUCACAGAUGCCGUUGUUCAAGCGUAUGAAGACUGGAGAGCUGGUCUAAGAACAUAG